CUGCCGCCCCCUCAGGCCGCUGACCCUCCCCCGAUGGUGUGAAGGAGCCCCCCCCCCCGGCCACGGCCUGCUCCGCAGUCUGGCGCCAUGAACCUGCUGCCGGCCAACCCGCACGGGAAUGGGCUCCUCUUCGCCGGCUUCAACCAGGACCACGGGUGCUUUGCAUGUGGGAUGGAAAAUGGAUUUAGAGUGUUUAAUGCGGAUCCACUCAAGGAGAAGGAGAAACAAGAAUUUCUAGAAGGAGGUGUUGGCCAUGUUGAAAUGUUGUUUCGGUGCAACUAUUUAGCGUUGGUCGGUGGAGGAAAAAGGCCAAAAUAUCCACCUAAUAAAGUGAUGAUCUGGGAUGAUCUGAAAAAGAAGACUGUUAUUGAAAUAGAGUUUUCCACAGAAGUCAAAGCAGUUAAGCUUAGAAGAGACAGAAUUGUGGUAGUUUUGGACUCAAUGAUUAAAGUUUUCACAUUCACGCACAAUCCUCACCAGUUGCAUGUCUUUGAAACCUGCUACAACCCAAAAGGUCUCUGUGUACUGUGUCCAAACAGUAAUAAUUCCCUGCUUGCAUUCCCUGGAACGCAUACUGGACAUGUACAAAUUGUGGACUUGGCAAACACAGAAAAACCUCCUGUAGAUAUACCUGCUCAUGAAGGAGUCUUGAGCUGCAUAGCUCUCAACCUGCAGGGAACAAGGAUUGCUACAGCAUCAGAAAAAGGAACCCUUAUAAGAAUAUUCGAUACAUCAUCAGGGCAUUUAAUCCAAGAGCUGCGCAGAGGGUCUCAGGCUGCCAAUAUCUACUGUAUUAACUUCAACCAAGAUGCUUCUCUCAUCUGUGUGUCAAGUGACCAUGCCACAGUGCACAUCUUUGCUGCGGAGGAUCCAAAAAGGAACAAGCAGUCAAGUUUAGCAUCUGCCAGUUUCCUGCCCAAAUACUUCAGUUCCAAGUGGAGUUUCUCCAAAUUUCAGGUUCCCUCUGGUUCCCCUUGCAUCUGUGCCUUCGGAACAGAACCAAAUUCUGUCCUAGCAAUCUGUGCAGAUGGCAGCUACUACAAAUUUUUAUUCAACCAAAAAGGAGAAUGCUCCAGGGAUGUCUACGCUCAAUUCCUAGAAAUGACUGAUGACAAACUUUGACUGCACAGAUGGAAAUAACUGGGAGAAGGGGGAAGAGAGGUGAAUGUAUUCUUCUCCCUCUCUGAAGAGACA